AUGGAAUCCGCAUCCCCGUGCUCCUUCCCCGGCGACGCCGAGGCCGACGCCAUCGCCGUCGAGGAGGCCAUUACCACCCUGACGAAAGCCGACAUGGAGGAGUUGAUGCUCCACGUCCGCCGCUUCUAUGCCAUGCUGCACGGCAUCCACCCGCGCAAGCGUGUCCGCGCGACCUUCGUCAAGUACGAUCCAGCACGGCAGUCCACGGCGUUCAACUCAGGGCCGGCGGAGAUGCCGUUCGACCCACUGGCGCAGCACAAGCGCAGGUUCAGCCGGCCGCUGCCUCGCCCAUCCCGGUCGCGGCCGGUGCGGAGCUCGCCGCCUCGGCCGCUCCCACGGAGGGACCAAGACGACUGGAAGGCCCCGCCCUGCGUUGACAACCGGAAGAACCCCAGCAAGCGGCAACCGGCGUCGUCGGCUGGCGUGGGGACGCUGGACGAUCAGAUAGUCCGCAACUUCGGCAGGCUCGCCGAGGCGCUGGACGCCGCGGAGAAGGAGGCCUUCCUGAUACGGAACAAACCGGACGAGGGGUCCUCAGGAGGAGCACCUGUACGGGCAGCGGCCGGCAAGAGGGAGAGGCCGGUGGAGUUCGACUUCGACGAGCCGGAGCAGAGCGACGACCCCUUCGACCUCGAUCAGUUCAUGUCUAAGUUUGCUUGUUUGGGCAUGGAUGAUUUCGAUCUCGACGAACUGCUAGGAUCGAUGCUACAUAUCCGAUAG